AUGCAAGUCGAGAUGCUGACAGGAAGGAAUUUGAAAGUCUGGAAUACUAACCAACCAGCGAAUCCGAGUACAUUGUCCUUAGAAAGAGGAAGCACUGGAGUUAUAAGAUCAGAAAGAGGUUAUAAAGGAAACAAGUUUGAUCCAGAUUAUCACAAGAAACAACAAAAACAACAUCAAAACUAUCAUACUAGUCAAAAUUAUUAUCAGAACAACAAUCAACCCUAUGGGUAUAAUAAUAGAAAUAACGCACCAAAUCAAAAUCAUAGUAAUUUCUUCCAAAAUCAUGGAACUUACACAUCCAACCGAGGAAAUGGGAGAGGAGGAAAUCAUCAAAACUCAAUUGGUCGUGGAAACCAGUACCAUCAAAGUGGGGAACGACCAUCCAUCGGUCCCGGGAGUUUCAAUAGAUUAAUGAGUGAAAACAACGUGACUAAAGGUGCUGAGAAUGGAAAUGUACCAACAGCUUCUAGUUCAAAGUGA